AUGGUCAUUCGCAUGUUAGAUUAUUCCAAUAGUCAGAUGGUCAGAUAUGAAUUUUUAAGUCUCAUUAAAGUAUCUGAUGCAAGUGCACUUGGAAUACACAAAACAAUCGAGAAGUUUUUUGAAGAUAACUCAGUACCAUACAAAAACAAUUUGAUUGGAUUCGCGGCAGAUGGAGCAAGUGCUAUGUUUGGGAUUCAUCAUUCUGUAAAAACGUUUUUUAAAAGACAGACCAUGUUCAAAGAGUUUCAAUAUUUUGUUGAUACAAAGAAACAUAAGUUAUUAAAACCAUGCCAAACUAGAUGGUUUUCAUUACAUUCGACUAUAAAAAGAAUAUUGGAACAACUGGCACUAUUAAAAUUAUAUUUCCAAGCAGAAUAUUUAAUUGACCAAAAGGCUAAAAGUAUUUUUGAAGGAUUAAAGAAUCCUCAUUUUGAGUUAUAUUUAAACUUUUUGGAUUAUAGUUUACCGAUUUUAAAUUCAUUUAAUUUAUCAUUCCGAAGUGAAAAACCACAAAUUCAUUUAUUAUACUCAAAAAUGUCCAUGGCAUAUAAAACAAUUUUAGAGUUUUAUAUUAAACCAGAGUAUUUAAAUAACACGGAUGUAGAUAAAAUACAGUAUCGAAACCUUACCUAUUUUUUGGAAAAAGAAAAUAUUUAUUUAGGGGGAAAAUGGAAAAUGGAAAAUGGCUUAUAUGUCUAA